AUGUCUUCCAUCAAGAGCAUCUUCGCCAUCGGCCUCUUGGCCACUGCCGACAUUGUUGCCGGCCAUGCUGCCAUCAUCGGCGCCACUGGUGAUGCCGGCGGACAGGGCAUGGCCCUUGGAAUCGACUCCAGCACCCCCCGUGAUGGAACACGUCGUGAUCCCUUCCAGGCUGACAGCACUCGCUUCAAGGGAGAGGCUGCGGAUACCUUCGGCGAGACAGUUGGAGCCGGCACCAACAACCUUGAGACCGGCACCAAGGCCAUGAUGGCCGAGACCGGCACCAUGCUCCCCCAGAUCUCCGCCGGCGGCUCCGUCGACAUGACCCUGCACCAGGUCAACGGUGACGGUGGUGGCCCCUACGACUGCAUGAUCAACGCCGAUGCCACCGGAGCGUCGUGGACCAACAUCAACGUUGUCACCACUCCCCCGGGCCAGAACUCCCGUAACCGUGACGGUGCCAUGACCGAUUUCCCCCUCAAGGCUGCCAUCCCCGCCGAUCAGGCUUGCACUGGUACCGUCGCUGGCCAGAGCAAUGUCUGCUUGGUUCGUUGCCAGAACGCUGCCCGUGCCGGUCCCUUUGGCGGUAUUGUUCCUGUCCAGAUGGCUGGCACCACCACGCCCGCCGCUGCCCGCCGCAACUUGAUGCUCGCCGUCAAGCGCUCCGAUGAGCUUCUCAACAAGAUGAUCAAGCGUGCUCAGACCCCCUCCGCCGCACCCGAGGACGACGCCGCCUAUCUGGCCGAGCUCCGCGCCGACGGCGAGGAGAUCUAA